AAAUAUUUCCGCCAUCCUGCCAACAGCUAUGGUGGCUCUCAUUUCAGCUUCAAACCGAGCGGGAAACGGAAAAUGACUUCCCGGCUAGCGCAUCCCCGGGAUCUCUUUCCGGUUAGCCCCGGGGUGUCCGCGUGAGAGUUGGAGAUUUCCUGCUGCUGGGGCUGGGAGGUGCUAGUACACCGCGCUUGAUUCGAGAGGUGUCCCAGCUGAGAGAGUAGGAUGUCGGACACGUGGAGCUCUAUCCAGGCCCACAAAAAGCAGCUAGACUCGCUGCGAGAGAGGCUGCAGCGGAGGCGGAAGCAGGACUCGGGGCACUUGGAUCUACGAAAUCCAGAGGCAGCACUGUCUCCCACCUUCCGCAGUGACAGCCCAGUGCCUACUGCACCCACUUCUGGUGGCCCUAAGCCCAGCACAGCUUCGGCAGUUCCUGAGCUAGCUACAGACCCUGAAUUAGAGAAGAAAUUGCUACACCACCUCUCUGAUCUGGCCUUAACAUUGCCCACUGAUGCUGUGUCCAUCCGUCUUGCCAUCUCCACGCCAGAUGCCCCUGCCACUCAAGAUGGGGUAGAAAGCCUCCUACAGAAGUUUGCAGCUCAGGAGCUGAUAGAGGUAAAACGAGGUCUCUUACAAGAUGAUGCACAUCCUACUCUUGUGACCUAUGCUGAUCAUUCCAAGCUCUCUGCCAUGAUGGGUGCUGUGGCAGAAAAGAAGGGCCCUGGGGAGGUAACAGGGACUAUCACAGGACAGAAGCGGCGUGCAGAGCAGGACUCAGCCACAGUAGCUGCCUUUGCUAGCUCUUUGGCCUCUGGUCUGGCCUCUUCAGCAUCAGAAGCAGCCAAGGAGCCAACCAAGAAAUCGAGGAAACAUGCUGCCUCGGAUGUUGAUCUGGAGAUAGAGAGCCUUCUGAACCAACAGUCUACUAAGGAACAACAGAGUAAGAAGGUCAGUCAGGAGAUCCUAGAGCUAUUAAACACAACAACAGCCAAGGAACAGUCCAUUGUUGAAAAGUUUCGAUCACGAGGUCGGGCCCAAGUACAGGAGUUCUGUGACUAUGGAACCAAGGAGGAGUGCAUGAAAGCCAGUGAUGCUGACCGGCCCUGCCGCAAGCUGCACUUCAGACGAAUUAUCAAUAAACACACUGAUGAGUCAUUAGGUGACUGCUCUUUCCUUAACACAUGUUUCCACAUGGACACCUGCAAAUAUGUUCACUAUGAAAUUGAUGCUUGCAUGGAUUCUGAGGCUCCUGGGAGCAAAGACCAUACACCUAGCCAAGAGCUUGCUCUUACACAGAGUGUUGGAGGGGACUCCAAUGCAGAUCGACUCUUCCCUCCUCAGUGGAUCUGUUGUGAUAUCCGCUACCUGGACGUCAGUAUCUUGGGCAAGUUUGCAGUUGUGAUGGCUGACCCACCCUGGGAUAUUCACAUGGAGCUGCCCUAUGGGACCCUGACAGAUGAUGAGAUGCGCAGGCUCAACAUACCAGUACUGCAGGAUGAUGGCUUUCUCUUCCUCUGGGUCACAGGCAGGGCCAUGGAGUUGGGCAGAGAAUGUCUGAACCUCUGGGGUUAUGAACGGGUAGAUGAAAUUAUCUGGGUGAAGACAAAUCAACUGCAGCGCAUCAUUCGGACAGGCCGUACAGGUCACUGGUUGAACCAUGGGAAGGAACACUGCUUGGUUGGUGUCAAAGGAAAUCCCCAAGGCUUCAACCAAGGUCUGGAUUGCGAUGUGAUCGUAGCUGAGGUUCGUUCUACCAGUCAUAAACCAGAUGAAAUCUAUGGCAUGAUUGAGAGACUAUCCCCUGGCACUCGCAAGAUUGAGUUAUUUGGACGACCACACAAUGUGCAGCCCAACUGGUAAGGUGGACCAGGACAUAACAGCCCUCCUGUUUAUGGUCAAGGAUGGAUGAUAGUAGAGCUUUACCUCCUAUUUGAGUAGUCUAAAAACGCACUUCAGAGGAUUCAUAAGCCACCCAAGCUUGUACUGAAACUGUUUUACGGAGCUUUACAACAUUUACUAGAGACCCAACAGGUUUUAAGACUCAAAAACCACUACUCUCCAAAGGGUCUCUGCUAAUGAUCUUCCUGUUAUUCUGUGGGAUGUAUUGAAUCUGCCCCCUGGUGGUUAAGAAUCCAUUUAAUCUGUCAACA